GCUCAUGAAGUCAAUGCAGCAUUAAAUCGUCGAGGAAGAAAUAGCAAACACAUAUAAUGACCUACGGAGGCAUGACAAGGACAUUCAACAUGGAUCAAUAAUUAACUAACCAGUGUUACCACUCUCCGAUCUUAUCCUGGAUUAGAUAGUCAAUUCCAACACGUUUCUCUUCUUCCUCUAGGCUUAGAAGACAAGUAGGAGGGCCUUUUCACAGUAUUGCAAAGCAAUCACUUUGAGCUGAUGUCUUCAGUAGUCAAAUAAAGCCACCUCCCCCAGUUCCUCCCUCUUUCCUUCUCCCCGGCUAAAAUUAAUCAAAUGGGCCCAAGAUGCCUUUUUUCCGUCCGCUUUCAACCUCACGAGCAAUUCAAAUACCUCUCGCCUCUCCCUCCCAUGGUCUAGCCAAAGCCUCGUGCUAUCGGAAUUCUAAAUAUCGGUCCGCAGCAUCCUCUUAUUAGAAGAGGAAGGCACCAUGGUCCCUUGUAUAGAACAAGCCUUCGACGCACCACUGUCCCCCUCCUCUUCGUCCUCUUGUUCUUCUAUGGUGAGCAAGGAUGAAGCCUCCCAAGGCCACCUUCCGCUGAAUGAGAAUGACUCCCAAGACAUGGUCAUCUUCGAGGUUCUUCGAGAGGCGUCGGCGAUGGGCACCGCCGUCGCCGCGCCGAAGUCCCCUGCAGCGGCGGCAGGCGAUGCGGGAUCCAUCCGGAAGUGCGUCGAGCCAACCGGGCGCGUAGGGAAGAAGCACUACCGGGGAGUGAGGCGGCGGCCGUGGGGGAAAUUUGCGGCGGAGAUUCGCGACUCUGCGCGGCACGGCGCACGCCUGUGGCUCGGGACAUUCGAGACGGCGGAAGAGGCGGCCAUGGCGUAUGACCGCGCCGCUUUCCGGAUGCGGGGAGCCAGAGCGAUGCUGAAUUUCCCGCCCGCGGUCGCGAUGAGCGGCGGCGGCGGCGGCGGCGGUGUGGCGGCGGCGGGAAGGGGUGCGGCGGUCGAGCUUCAGGAUUUGGGGCCGGACUACUUGGAGAGAUUGCUUCGGGCUUCUGAAGUGGGCGAGGAUGCAAGGAGUGCUCCCGGUCGGCAAUUCAAUACCGUUUGAUGUCCCGAUGAGGCCUAGUGAUUGGGGGGGAAUUUGUGAUAUCAGGAUAAAGAUUGGAGUCUGGAGAGAACUUUGCCAGGCUAGGAUGGAGAGAAGUUCUUAUCAAGCUAUGUAAUAGAAAAUGUUAGGCUUUCAUAAUGGAAAAUGCUAAAGAUCACCUAUAGAUCAUCGUUCGUCGGUCCAAAAUAGUAACUGGUGAUUGAGUGAGUGUUUGGCAUGUCCCAACCUGUACCAUGGUCUCGCUAUGUACUGCACCACUUCCAAUUGCCACGUCAGUCUAGUAAAUUGAACGGUGAUUGAUAGUAGUUUUUUUUUUUUAAUUGAUACAUAUGGUAUUUUUAGUAAUUUGAGAGUCUUUAGAUACAUCAUUUUAUGUACUCAGUGCAAGUUGUACUUAGCUUAUAAUAAAGAGGUUGAUUAACAAU